CAACCGGAAGUGCGUCUCUAACCCUCAGUAGUUUGCAGAAGAGUCGCUUCCGGUCCUGAGUCACGGUGAGAGAGAGAAUGGCUCCGCCGGGAGAGUGCAAGAUGGCUGUGGAUACAGCAGAGCAGAUGGAAAUGGAUGAAACCCGCGGCGGCAGCGGAUUGCGUCAAUAUUAUUUAUCCAAAAUUGAAGAUCUUCAGUUAGUUGUCAACGACAAAAGUCAGAAUCUGAGGCGUCUACAGGCUCAGCGAAAUGAACUGAAUGCCAAAGUGCGUCUCUUGCGAGAGGAGCUCCAGCUGCUGCAGGAGCAGGGGUCCUACGUGGGUGAGGUGGUCCGGGCAAUGGACAAGAAGAAAGUCCUGGUCAAGGUCCAUCCCGAGGGGAAGUUUGUUGUGGAUAUUGAUAAAAAUAUUGAUAUAAACGAUGUGACCCCAAAUUGCAGAGUGGCGCUGCGUAAUGACAGUUAUACCCUACACAAGAUCCUGCCCAAUAAGGUGGAUCCUCUGGUGUCUCUGAUGAUGGUGGAAAAGGUUCCGGACUCCACGUACGAGAUGAUCGGUGGCUUGGACAAGCAAAUCAAGGAGAUUAAGGAGGUUAUCGAGCUGCCCGUGAAGCACCCCGAGUUGUUUGAAGCCUUGGGAAUUGCACAGCCUAAGGGGGUUUUGCUGUACGGACCUCCCGGCACCGGGAAGACUCUUCUGGCCCGUGCUGUGGCUCAUCACACAGACUGCACGUUUAUACGCGUGUCGGGUUCUGAGCUCGUCCAGAAAUUCAUCGGGGAAGGUGCCCGGAUGGUGCGAGAGCUCUUUGUGAUGGCUCGUGAACAUGCACCUUCCAUCAUCUUCAUGGACGAGAUCGACUCUAUCGGGUCCUCGCGGCUGGAGGGCGGCUCGGGAGGGGACAGUGAGGUCCAGCGCACCAUGCUUGAAUUACUCAACCAGCUUGAUGGCUUUGAGGCCACCAAGAACAUCAAGGUUAUUAUGGCCACCAACAGAAUUGAUAUAUUGGACUCUGCUUUGCUUCGCCCUGGGCGCAUUGACAGAAAAAUCGAGUUUCCCCCUCCUAAUGAAGAGGCACGUUUGGACAUCCUAAAGAUUCAUUCCAGAAAAAUGAACUUGACUCGUGGGAUCAACUUGCGUAAAAUUGCAGAGCUGAUGCCUGGGGCAUCAGGGGCAGAAGUGAAGGGCGUCUGCACAGAAGCCGGGAUGUAUGCCCUCCGAGAGAGAAGGGUGCAUGUCACGCAGGAAGACUUUGAAAUGGCGGUAGCCAAGGUGAUGCAGAAAGACAGCGAGAAGAACAUGUCUAUAAAGAAGCUAUGGAAGUAAAAAUUCUCUGGCUGGGAU